AUGACCGGUAGCUUGGAAUGCCAAUUUAUCAGACUUGAAGUGGUCAGCGGAAAAAAUAUUCAAGUCCCCUCCUUCCGCAUACCCGCAGGCAUUUACGUAUCCAUCAAACUCGACUCCAGAAGACGCUGGAAAUCAGCCCUCCGAGUCCUGUCAUCCGACAGCACUGUAGCGUGGGGCGAUACUCUGAACAUAUCACCAGAUGCGACACCUAAGUUAUCACUAGAAAUCAGGGCAUCUUUUGAACUCGGUCGAACGUUAGGCCAUGGGAAACUCAUUGGAAAAUUUGAACCAUCAUGGGACGAGCUGCUCGAUCAUGGCGAUGAACCUUUUGACCUGUCCUUCCCACCCAUUGAUGACAUCUGCCCUUCUCUCACACUGAAAGUUGCUCUCGUGUAUGCUUGUGGAACCGUGUUGCUUGACCUACAGCCAAUCGUUGAAUGCAAGAUUUCUCGGCGCACAGAUGCAGGACAUACACAACUUUUCGCGUUCAUGAAGAGCGAGAGUGGCGUCUCUCACUUGGAUGACGCUGUGAAUCAUUUUAAGUGGGUCGUGACCCAGUGUCCGGUCGGCCAUCCUGACCACGCUGCCGCUAUUACCAACCUCGCUUGCGCCCACCUUCAAGGUUACAUUUGCAAUUAUAUUCAAUACAUCGACACUAUGAUCCCUCAGUUCCGUGAUGCCCUUGCAUUGCGUCCGCAGGGCCACCCCGACCAUCCAUUGUCUCUGUAUCAUCUUAUUACAGCAUUGACCUGGUGCUACAGUAAGGAGGGUACUAUCAAUAUCCACGAAACUGCGCAACUGUGCUGCAAGCUACUGUCUCUCUGUCCAGAGGGCACCCACCUUCGUAGCGAUGACCCAUCUGACGAAGGCAUUCGCCUUCGACGACUCGUGCUGGAGCUCUGUCCUCUGGGCCAGCAACGCCAUCCCAGUUCCCUCCACAAGCUUUCAUUGGCACUCGCCAGACGGUUUGAGCAAUAUGGUGGCAUUGUUGAUAUAGACGAGAGCAUACGACUUGGUCGUGACGUCCUUUCUCUGUGCCCCGAGGGAUAUCCUGGCCGUGAUACCUAUUUGAACGACUUGGCCACCUCACUCCAAUGCCGCUUUUCUCACGAACGCAAAUCUCAUGACCUGGACGAGGCCAUCUCUUUAUGUGAAGAAGCGCUACGGCUGCGCCCUCUUGGGCAUGAAUUUCGCUAUAUACCAUUGAUUAACUUGGGAGUUCGCACUUCAAACCCGUUUCCUGUCAGUCUCGCUCGCGAGGCACUGACGUUGUGCCCGCCCGGGCUUCCGAAACGUGACGCCACGCUUAGCAACCUUGCCACCAUACUCCAUAAGAGAUAUGAUGAAGUGCACGUCAGCGAAGAUAUUAACGAGGCUAUCUCUCUGUACCGCACAUCACUUCGGUCAAAGCAGCCUGGCGACCCAGAGCAUCAUAGAUUUCUGAACAAUUUGAGCUCUGCACUCUGCUCUCGUUUCAGUAGUCGCUGGCGGCUUUGCCACCACUCCACCCCGACCGACACUACUCCUACUUCAAGCUACGAGAGGCCUAUAUGGCUCGUUACUGCAGAACUUCAGGCUAGCAUCACAGCAUCUACUCAAGGAUUUCCAGAGCGCAUCUGGGAGGCUAUUGAGUGGGCUCGCCAAGCAGAAGUUCACCAACAUGAAUCUGCCCUCGAAGCAUACCACACGUGUUUGGAUCUUUUCGACAAACAUGUUAUGACGCGAUCCUCGAUUAUCGAGCGGCGCAAUGCUGCAACCGCUGUUCGUGCUGCACAAUUGUCAGUAAAUGCCGCAUCAUGCGCCAUCCGUCGUAAGGAUCUGAAGCGAGCGGUUGAACUUGAGGAACGGGGUCGCGGUCAACAAUGGUCACUGGCCUCUCGACUUAGGACUCCACUGGACGACCUCGAGUCCGCCAGUCUACCACUAGCUCAGAAAUUCUCGGAGCUCAGCAAGCGGCUGUCUGAUGCUCAGGGUUCCACGGUCAGCACAGACCCGGCUGUUGCUGAUCGGGUAGCGAUAGAGUAUAGGAUACUUACGACGCAAUGGGAAGCUACACUGGCUGAAAUCCAAAAUCUUGACGGUUUCUCGCGAUUCCUGCUACCACCAUCAUACGAAGACUUGCAAGCGGCAGCAUGCCAUGGCCCAGGGAGUCCUACCACGUUCCCUUUCCUUUUCGCCCUCGCAGAUAUUGAGAAGCUCAAGGAUGACUUCGCCAGAGAGAUACGGCAGGCAGCUCUUAAGGGCCCAACAGAGCGGAGGACGGAGUUGCGAGUGCUCUUGCGGAGGGUAUGGGACGGGAUCAUGCUACCUAUCGUCAACGUACUCCAGCGCGACUUCAAAUUACAGCACCGCUCUCGAAUCUGGUUAUGUCCGACCGCAGCCUUCACUUCCAUUCCUCUUCAUGCAGCUCACCCCUUCCGAACGAAGGCCGACCGCUCUGGGCGAGAAUCAUGCCUAGAGGAUCUCUACGUCUGCUCCUAUACCCCAACGCUUUCGGCUUUGAUCAGAUCUCGACAGACGAUGAAGGUGCAUGCAACGCCUUCCUUCGUGGCGAUCGGACAAGGAGAGCCGGGGGCAGAGCAAGGCAAGCCGCUCAACGCUGUAGACAGCGAGCUCGAGCUCGUCCGUGAGCUCAUUCCUGCACAAAUCAAAUUCACUCGUCUUUCUGGAGAAGAAGCCACACAGGCGGGUGCACUCGAAGCUUUGCGAUGUAACACGUGGGUUCACCUCGCUUGUCAUGGCAAGCAGGACCGGGACCAGCCUUACUAUUCGCGUUUCGCGAUGAGAGAUAAACCGCUCACGUUACUUGAUAUCAUGGAAAACGAUGCUCCGCAAGCUGAGUUCGCGUUCUUGUCGGCGUGUCAUACCGCCGUUGGGGACGAGCAGACUCCCGAUGAAGUGAUCCACCUCGCAGCUGGUCUGCAGUUUUCUGGAUUCAAGAGCGUUAUUGGCACUCUGUGGGCGGUCGACGACGCUGUCGCAAAACACGUCGUUGAAGCUUUCUAUGAGAAGAUGUUCGAGGAUUUAGAGGAUGGUGUCAUGGACUGUACGAAGGCCGCCUUGGCACUCAAUGCGGCUAAAGACGCCGUGAAAAAGAAGGUGCCGCUUGAGCAGAGAAUCGUCUUCAUUCAUAUUGGUGUGUAG